GCUCUUCUCUGGUGAGUCGUCGGAGCUGAGCGCACAACCGCCAAUAUAACAUUGACUUCACUCCGCAGACCAGAAGGAAAGCGAAACUUUGAGUCUCCUUUUAAUUAUCUCGCUCACGUAAAGUCCGGUCAUUCUGCCUCAUGCGAUACCAUGGGGAAGAUUUACCAAGUCAUAGUGAUCGGGUUGAACGGAGAGAACAUGACCAUCGACCUGUGUAACACCGAAGAACAGAUGAAGGCGAUGACAGUGCUGCAGCUCAAGAACAAGUUAGGCGAGCGUCUUCCAGGGAGGGCAGGGAAGAGCGUGGACAACAUCCGCCUGAUCUUCACAACCGAUGGGCUGGAUGACGACGAGAGGACCCUGGUCUCUUAUGGAGUUCAACACAAGUCCGCGAUCCAAAUGGUGAUCAAGGUCCCGGGCGGAGUCCAGCUCUAGCGACAACAGUGACGCCCUGACACCCCGACCACCCCCUGACCAGCGAGCACUUUGAUAUUGUACAGUUCAUCAUGCGUUGAUGUGAAUGAUUGUCAUCGUCAACUAUGUAGCAUACUUGUUGGAUAACGUAAUGACGUAUUAAACCGAAUGCCUGGACAAUA